UGAACCGUAACUCAAAAAACGAAGAAAAGGAUAACGACCAAAAUGUUCAUGGAUUGAGAAAAAUAACUUACUGGGAAAAAUACGGCGUGAAAAGUUUUCCUUACCGUGGGAGGCGCAGAUACACACCACUUGUUUACCAAUCUGAAGACGGAGGGAUCAUUAUCUCAAAUGAUGUUUUUGGGCUGACAAUCAGUCAGUUUGAACGAACGUAUAAAGCUUGUUUAGACAGAAGGAAAACACGAAGACAGUGGAUUAUAAACUUAAGAUAUCCAGACAAAACCUCAAAUGAAUAUAUGGAAUAUUUACAACAUAGUACAGGUUACAAUAAAGAUUACUUGUCCUGGACUGGGAAUGAUUUGAAGCAAAGAGAUUUAUACAAACACUUAGUGAAUACAGUUGGUACUGAAAUAGACAUACGUAAAAGACAACAAUUAUUUAUAAUACACGAUAAAAUCUUUAAUAUCUCUAGAUCCGACUUAACAGAAAUAUCGAGUGGAAGUUUAGCAGAAGGUCUUGAUUUACCAGGUAGUGACAUCGAUUUAAUGUACGUCAUCAAACACGUAGACGUAGUACAGGAUGUAAAGAAUAUCAUACACCCAGUACAACGUACAACGCUGGUCAUGGAGACUGAUACUGAUUAUCCUGGAUUUACUAGACUUCGAUUAAUAGCAGGAGGGGAAAGGGAAACAAGGUAUAUAACAUCUGAGUCCUUUGAAAGUGAUAACAACGGUUUAUAUUUAUCAGUGAACAAAUUUAUUAGUCAUAUACAUAAGCUAGUUCCACAUCGCAAACUAUCGUCACACGGCCCCUGUUUAUCAGAUAACGAUCAAUGCUUUGAUUAUGCGUUCUGUCUUCGAAGUAAACAUUUACCUUACAACACAAUACCAUGGGCAUCACGUCGUCGACAGCAAUGGCCCCCUAAUCCAACUAUUGAUAAGAUUAGAAAAUACGGAUGUUUGUUUGUACCUAUUGGACCAAGGACUAUGCCAGGUUGUGAUGUAAAAUGGAGAUUAUCUUUCUCUGUGGCAGAAAAACAACUAGUACAUUCGUUUAAUUUCACUCAGCUAUUAUGUUACUGUCUUCUCAAAUUAACCUUAAAGCGUAUCGUUAACACAAACAAACAUGCCGAAGGUUUAUUGUGUUCUUACUUUCUAAAGACAGCUCUGUUUUGGGUCUCAGAGGAGUUGGAUAUUGACACAUUUGAAGUAAUUAACUUAUUUGUUUGUUUUUCUCACUGCCUAAAUAAACUAAUAUUAUGGGUAAACAACUGUUACUGUCCAAACUAUUUUAUACCUGAGCAAAACAUGUUCCUAGGAAAGAUCAGUCCAGAUAACCAUAAAAUACUAAUACAUGUAUUGGAAAGUAUAAAGUGUGAUGGAAUUGAGGGAUUGAUAAAACAAUUAUUUUCACAGGACAAUGGAACAUAUCGUUUACUAAGAACAUAUAGAGAAUCGUCGUUCAUUAUGGUAGACUUGCUCUUUUACAGGAUACAUGGAUUUCAUGUUAUAGUAAACACAUUACGCUGUUUGGAGACUCUGAUAUUUGCUGAAUAUUUACUUAAGUCAAAAUCGUGUACAUUCAUUAUCGAAGUAUGUAAAUGCUAUCAUGCUAGAAUAAGUCAAAAUGCCGCACAAUUACUACCAACACCAACUAUAACGACUGAGACAUACAACAUACACAAACGUUAUCAUAGACAUUUAAAAGACGGUAUCAAGGCAGAUGCUAUAUCGGGUUGGUUGUUAUACGCGUCGUUUUACUAUGUAACAGGACAAUUUAAUGUUACACUAAAACUAACGGAUUAUGUUCUAUCAAAAUGUUUGUCUGAUAUGGUGUUAGUAGGCUGUGUAAACUACUGUGAAGGGCAUAAACAUAGUUACAGAAAUCAUGUACAUUCUGCAAUGACACUGAAUGAAAGAAUGCGAAUAGCUACUAUACACGGUGUUAAUUACACUCAGCACUCAUCAUUAAUACCAGGGGAGUUACAACUGGAGGUGAAUGACCAAACAAUGACGAUUUCGCCUAUUUUGAUGUCUCACUGUCUUAGAUUUUUAUGUUUUCAUCAUCUUGGUGAUAUUUUCAACAGACAGCAGGCUUUACAUGAUUUAUACUUAACAGUGAUGAAUGGGAACUUUGUUUCAUUUGAUAACUUAUCUGUUUCAAUAACUAUACUUGGAGUAUGCUAUGAGUUAUCCGGUGAUAAGGAUACAGCCUAUCAAUGUUUUAACCUAGCUUUGCAUUGUGAUGGCGGUAUAUGUCUUUCAGCAGAAGCGAGGAUAUCAAAACUUUUAGAGAAUUAAUAUAAUCUGUCAGUAUCAAACGUAUUUAGAAUAUGCUACAUGUUUAUACAAAAUCAGCCAAUUAAGACACAUCAUAUCUGUGUAAUCGUAUUAGGCAUGGUCGUUUUCUAUUCCAUCAAAUACAUUAUCUGAUUUGUUGACAAUUGUUGGAGUAUCUACUGAGAUAUCAGGCGAUAAAUAGAUUAUCUUAUUCAUUGACAAUACUAGAAAUAUCUAACGAGCAAUCAGUCGAGAACUACAUUAUCUUAUCAAUUGACACUACUGAGAGUAUUGGAUGAGUUAUCAAGCGAUAAAAAACAUAAUCUGAUUCUUUGAAAAUACUGGGAGUAUGUAAUGAGAUAUCAGGCAAUACAUACACUAUCUGAUUCAUUGACAGUGUUGGGAGUAUUUAAUGAGAUAUCAGGCGAUAUAUACAUUAUCAGAUUCAUUGACAAUAUUGAGAGUUUCUGAUAAGAUAUCAAGCGAUAAAUACACUAUCGGAUUCAUUGACAAUAAUGGGAAUAUCUAAAGAGCUAUUAUGCGAUAAAUUCAUUAUCUGAUGCAUUGACAAUACUUGGAGUAUCUAAUGUGAUAUCAGACGAUAAAUACAUUCUCUGAUCAUUGACAAUGCUAAGAGUAUUGAAUGAGAUAUCAGGCGAUAAAAACAUUAUCUGAUCGUUGACAAUGCUGGGAGUAUCUAAUGAGAUAUCAGGCAAUAAAUACAUUAUCUGGUUCUUUGAAAAUACUGAGAGUAUCUAACGAGAUAUCAGGCGAUAAAUACACUGUCUGAUUUAUUGACAAUGCUGGAAAUAUCUGAUGAGCAAUCAGGCGCUAAAUACAUUACUAGAUUGAUAUACAAUACUGGGAUUAUCUAAGAAGAUAUCAGGCAAUACAUUCACUACCUGAUUCAGUGACAAUACUGGAAAUAUCUAAUGAGCAAUCAGGCGAUUUAUACAUUAUUUGAUUAAUAUUCAAUGCUGGGGGUAUCUAAUGUGAUAUUAGCCAAUUCAUUUACUAUCUGAUUGAUCGACAAUACUGGAAAUAUCUAGUGAGAAAUCAGGUGAUAAAUACAUUAUUUGAUUAAUAGACAAUGCUGGGAGUAUCUUUUGAGAUAUCAGGCGAUACAAACUCAAUGUUAUUACAGUGCAUCGCAACGUAAUUUUCUAGUAUGUUCUACAGUAGAAGAAUUAACAAUUUGCUUUAUAAUUGAUAUGUGUGUUAAUAUUCUGUAGUAUCAUUACGAUGUACGCAAGAUGUUAGUAAAGGAACAAAGGCAAAUUUGUUCUGGAACGAUUCACAUUUACUGAUGAUGUGACUUUGUCUAUAGUUACGGUGUUACUGUAUAUGUUCAUUUGUAGUUGAAUAUUAUACAUCCACAGAGGAUGACUAUGUUUCAUUUAUAAGACGUAGGCAUCCUCACGAACAUAAUGAAUAUAGACUUAAAGAAACUAUGCUAUAGAGAUGACAUAAAACAAACAUAAACAUUAUAUUUCAACCUUGACAUAUUUUGCACUGCUACUGUUUUUGGACACAUAUUCCAAAGUGGGGUCAAUUUAAAUUCCCGGUAGAAGUCAACGUCAAAGAAUUAAAACAUUAUACAACCGAAAAAACUUAGUAUAUUGUUUGUACAGAGGCAACAACAUACUAUUUUGAUAUUGUAAAUCUUGUGAACCAUAUAUGUCGGAUUAACGUAAUACAUGAACUGUUUGUAGACAUCCUAACUUUCUAAAAUUGUAAUCAAUGAGUCAAG